AUGGGGAGAGGAGUAAGACAGGGAUGCCCACUGAGUCCGUGUCUAUUCACCCUGCUGUUGGCGCACUUAGAUGAGGAGCUAGAGAAGGGCGGAUGGGGAGAGGAAGUAGUAGCGGAGGAGGAAGCAGGGAUGAAAGAGAUGAUAAAAACACUGGAAAGAUAUGUGGAACAGAAAGGCUUAGAAGUGAAUGUGGAAAAGACGAAGGUGAUGAGGUGUAGAAGAGGAAGUGGAAGACAGAAAAAGGUGAUGUGGAAAUGGAGAAAAAUAGAGAAAGUGAAGAAGUAUAAAUAUUUGAGAUACGUGAUGGUGGCUAAUGGGGGGCAGAAGGAACAUAUAGGGGAAAGAAUUAACAAGGGAGCGACGAGAGGAGAUGCAGAGAGAAAAGCUAAAGGGGAGGGCGGGAUUGAGAGCGUGGAGUUUGAGAGGAAGUUAGGAGAAGAAGGAGGAAGGCAGUUGGCAAGGAUAUGUUGGGAGGAGAUGAGGGAUAGGGCGAAGGAAGGAAAGGUGGUGGGAAAAUGGGAGAAGGAGAGGAGAGCUUUUUACGAGGAGAAGAGAUGGAAAAUAGAGGAGAUAAAGAAGAUGAGGGAGGAGGGAGAGUUGAAGGGGGAAGAGGUAGUGGGGAGAGAGAGGAGGUGGCAGGAAGAGGAAAGAUGGGAAAGAAUAAGGAGCUCCAGAUAUAAUAAAUGGUACGGUAGGGUGAAGGGAAGGGGGGUGCCAGAGUACCUGAAGAGAAGUUGGAAGGGGGAAAGAUGGCAAAGGGUUGCAAGGUUUAGGUUUAGGUUUAGGUUGGGAGACGGUAUGAAGGGAGGUAAAUAUUGGGAGGGAGAGGAGAGUAGGAAGUGUAGGGUAUGUAGAGAGGGAGAGGAGACGUGGGAGCAUGUUUGGAAGAAAUGUACAGAUUGGGGGUUAGAAAGGGGAUGGCAGGAGAUGGUGGAGGAAGUACUGGGAGAGGAGGGAAAAGGGGAGGGUUGGUUGAAAAAAUUAGAAAUGAGGAAAGGAGAAGGGUGA